AUGGGAAGGAUAAGGAAGAAUGUUGGUUGCACUACAGCGUCUCGGCCUGAAGGAAGCAGUACUCAUGCUGCACAACACCAUGAUGUCAUUGAAAGUUCUCCCGUGGAUAUUUAUAUUCAAACGAAAAGAAAGAAAUCUGUAUCCUCAGCAGUUAUGGAAGGAAUAUCGGAAUCUGCACAUGGUAAAAGACAAAGUGGUCAUGCUAAUAUAUAUGGCUAUCUCAACAGCACUGAUCAGUUAGAACAAUCCACUCAUUUCGGAAGUACCUCUGCCUAUAUUGCACCUACUUAUCAAGCGAAACUUUCUACCCAACUUCGUGGAAGCUCCACUUCAGCCAUGACAACUUCAACGAGGAUUGCAUCCAAAGAUAUCACAGAUUAUGGAGGAGUAAGUAAACCACAACAUCCAGGUAUCUGUGACAGAACAAUUGAACAAAACACUCAGCAGCCAGCAGAUUUAUCGUAUUUGAGACACAAUGGUAGCACGGCUACUGUGAAUUGUUCCAGACUUUGCAACAUUACCAAUUUAGCAACUAACCUUUCUCCCAAGCUUGAUAAUGCUGUUGGUGCAGACGAAGAUGAAGCGAAUGGUGACUCAGAUUGUGAGGUUGACGUCGUAGAUAUAAAUGAUUACGAUAACGUCGAUCUAUCCACAGAAGGCUAUAUUGAUGAAGGUGAUGCAGAUUAUGUGUGCCAUUAUUAUGGUGCUUUGAUGUGGUUUAACGAAAGGCUUAAGAGAGCUCCUUCCAAUGAAUAUCCUUUGUUCUCUAUUUGUUGCUGCCAUGGCAAAAUAUUGGUUCCUCUUAUGCAGCCUCCACCAGAAACAUUUCGUAAACUUUUCUUUGACAAAGAUAACCCACAAUCAAAGCGUUUUUUGUCAAAUAUAAGGGCAUACAAUAACAUGUUCUGUUUCACUUCAAUGGGUGGAAAGAUAAACCAUUCUAUUAAUAACACUGGAGCAGGUCCCUAUUCUUUCGUUAUGUCUGGUCAGAAUUACCACUUACUAGGAAGCUUGCUACCUCCUGAAGGAUCUCAGCCAGUCUACUCUCAGCUCUAUAUAUAUGAUACUGAAAAUGAAAUAUCUAACAGAAUAUCCGUUGUCAGGAAUUCAGAUCACAGUGAUAGGGUCUAUGAUAUGCCAACAGCAUCUGAGGUUGCUGCUUUACUGGUUGGAGACUUUGAUAGAUCAUAUUUCAAACGAGACAUAAUUGUUGAGAAAAGAGCUGGAGCAUUGCAAAGAAUUGAUGAAUUGCACAAAGCAUACAUUCCCCUGCAAUAUCCUAUUAUUUUUCACUAUGGAAAUAAUGGAUAUGAUUCAACCAUUAAACAUCGUGAAACCACUCUUACUCAGACUAAAAAGAGGAAGACUCUAACCCCACGGGAGUACCUAUCUUUUAGAUUGAUGGAUAGAAAUAAUGAGCAGUCUGUUUUGCUACACUCCAAAAGGCUACUUCAACAAUUCAUUGUUGACGGAUAUACAAUGGUAGAGAGUGAAAGACUCAAUUAUAUCCGUAAUCAUCAAAAAGAGCUACGGGUGGACAUGUACAGAGGUCUCACUAAUGCACUCACCAGGGGUGAGACAGAUCCAUCUCGCACAGGAAAAAGGAUUAUACUUCCAUCCUCAUUUACUGGGGGAGCCCGAUAUAUGGUACAAAACUAUCAAGAUGCAAUGGCACUAUGCAAAUUUACUGGUUAUCCUAACUUAUUUUUAACUUUCACAUACAAUCCAGCAUGGCCAGAAGUAAAGAGAUUCUGCAACAGGCAUAAAUUAAAUCCAGCUGAUCGACUAGACAUAUUAUGCAGAAUAUUCAAGCUGAAGCUUGAAGCGUUAAUGAAAAUCAUUAAGGAACAAAAAAAUUUUGGAAAAGUAAGAGCAGAAAUUUAUACUAUUGAAUUUCAGAAGAGAGGUUUGCCACAUGCUCAUAUUAUUCUAUUUCUAGAUCCUUCUGAUAAACCAAACACUCCUGAUGAUGUAGACAAAAUGAUAUCUGCAGAAAUACCAGAUAAAGAGAGAGAUCCAUUACUAUAUGAUCUUGUCAGCAAUUACAUGAUCCAUGGACCGUGUGGAGCUUCUAACAAGAGAUCUCCUUGCAUGAAAAAUGGGAAAUGCUCUAAGUACUUUCUCAAAAAAUUUGUUAACCAAACCUCGAUAGACGAGGAGGGUUACCCUACAUAUAGGAGAAGAAACGAUGGAAAGACUGUUAAUAGGAAGGGUAUUCCAUUGGAUAAUAGAUAUGUUGUUCCUUACAAUGCCACUUUGCUGAAGCUAUUUCAUGUCCACAUUAAUGUUGAGAAAACAAAUCAAUCAACUGCAAUAAAAUAUUUGUUCAAGUAUGUUAGUAAAGGAAACGAUCGAGUUGUUGCUGGCAUAUACAACAAUGAUCACUAUGACAAUGGAAACAAUGGUUUCGACGAGAUCUCUCAUUAUUUGAACUGCAGGUACAUUUCUUCCUGUGAAGGUGCAUGGCGUAUUUUUUCAUUUGAUAUCCAUCAUAGAUAUCCCUCUGUAGAGCGCUUGAGUUUUCACUUACAGGAUCAACAGGCUGUUUUCUAUUUAGACAAGGAAUCAGUUAGCUCAUUAGUUCACAGACCCAGAAUUAAGGAAUCAAUGUUUCUUGCAUGGAUGGAACGAAAUUUAGAUGAUCCAUUUGCCAGGACUUUGACAUAUGUUGAGUUUCCACAAUAUUAUACUUUUAACAAGCAAAAAAGAAUUUGGAAGUUUAGAGAAAAGGGAUUUGCGGUUGGGAGGUUAGCACAUGCAUCGCCCUCUCAAGGUGAAAUAUACUACCUUAGAGUACUAUUGACAAAAGUAAAGGGACCUCACAGUUAUGAGCAGAUAAGAACUGUAGAUAAUGUUGUCUACCCAACUUUUCGAUCUGCUUGCUAUGCUCUUGGAUUAAUUCAUGAUGAUCAAGAGUUCAUUGACACAAUAAAGGAAGCAUCAUUUUGGGCUACAGGAUGUUAUCUCAGGAGAUUCUUUGUGUCCAUGCUACUAUGUCAUUGCAUAUCACAACCACACCUGAUAUGGGAACAAACAAAAAAUCUCUUAUCUGAGGACAUGUUCUACGUACCUCGAAAUAACCCUAGGUCUGCAGAUUUAAACAUAAGUGAUGAUGACAAGCAACAGGCAUGCUUGAUUGAGAUUGAGAAGUUGCUACAGAUAAAUGGCAAAUCUCUCCAUGAUUACCCAUUAAUGCCAACGGCAAUAUCUACCGAGUAUUUUGAUAUCAGGAAUCAUUUGGUCCUUCAAGAAUUAAACUUUGACAGAGAUAUGUGUCAGAGAGAAGCGGAUAGAUUGGUAGCAUUACUGACAGAUGAGCAGAAUACUAUAUUCCAGCAAGUAAUGAAUGCAAUGAACCAUCCAAAUGAUGAGUUCUUUUUUGUGUAUGGUUUUGGUGGUACAGGAAAAACUUUCUUAUGGAAAGCACUCACUGCAUCAGUUAGAGCUCAAGGUGGAAUAGUGAUCAAUGUGGCAUCCAGUGGAAUAGCUGCAACCUUAUUACCAUCAGGUAGAACUGCACAUUCAAGAUUAGCAAUUCCAAUUGAUAUUAAUGAAGACUCCACAUGUAACAUAUCACAAAAUUCACCAUUGUGCGACCUCAUCAAAUUCGCAAAGUUGAUUAUUUGGGACGAAGCUCCAAUGGUCAAACGUUUUUGUAUAGAAGCUGUUGAUCGGACCUUUAAAGAUAUUAUGAAGUGCAACCAUCCCUUUGGAGGCAAAUGUAUUGUCAUGGGAGGAGACUUCCGACAAAUAUUGCCUGUGAUCCCGAAAGGUAGUCGUGCGGAUGUCAUCAAUUCAUGCAUCAACUUUUCUCAUUUAUGGUGUCAUUGCAAGUUAUUCCAACUUACAAAAAACAUGCGGUUAUCUACAAGUUCAUCCACAUAUGAUUCAAGGUUACAACAAUUUUCAAAUUGGCUUUUAGACAUCGGUGAUGGCCAGAUUGGAUUGCCUCAUGAUGGCAUGGCAGAGAUAGAAAUCCCAAAUGAUCUUCUAAUUCUAGAUUCUCAUGAUCAUCUUCAAUCAAUUGUGCAUGCCACAUAUCCUGAUCUAUUAGAUCAUUUGACUGAUUCAACAUAUCUAACUAAUAGAGCUAUUCUGGCACCAACAAUUGAAGUUGUUGAGCAAAUUAACGAUUAUAUGUGUUCCUUACUACCUACUGAAGUUGUUGAAUAUUUUAGCUCUGAUUCUGUUAGUAUUGUUGAUCAAGGCAACACCUCAUUCCAAGAGUUGUAUACAACAGAAUUCUUGAACACAAUAAAAUGCUCUGGCUUACCUCCACAUAGACUUGCCUUGAAAGUAGGAGUUCCUAUAAUGCUCAUGAGAAAUAUAGAUCAGGCUGCAGGACUCUGUAAUGGCACAAGACUGAGGAUCACAUUUCUUGGUAAACACUUUAUUAAAGCAAUCGCUCUCAAUGGCACAAGUCAAGGUCAAGAAGUUUUGAUCCAUCGAAUGGAUAUGAAUCCAUCAGAAUCUAAACUACCAUUCACAUUGAUAAGAAGGCAAUUUCCCAUCAUCCUAUCAUUUGCUAUGACAAUCAACAAGAGUCAAGGACCAUCAAUGACCAAUGUUGGCCUAUACCUUCCUAGACCUGUCUUCACACAUGGCCAGUUAUAUGUUGCUCUGUCAAGAGUUAGAUCUAUGGAUGGCAUCAAAAUUCUAAUACUUGAUUCAGAGAAAAAGCCAACCAACAAGACGAUGAAUGUGGUCUAUAGAGAAAUAUUUCAAAACAUUGUGUGGAGCUCAUUGUUGGGGAGAGGAAGGAUGGUACGGACACGUCAAACAGAUCCAGCCGGUAAUGGACCGCCUCAAGAGAAUGAGGCUUUUCUGAGACAAAUGAGGGAGAUGAUGACAGCGGUGGUGGAUGAAAGGUUGAGGAAGUUUGAAGAAGACUUCACAAGGAAGCACCAAGAGUUGGUCAAUCAAUAG